AUGCGGUCAAAACGGGUCAUCUCUAUCGUCACAUGCCAUGCAGAAGGCGAGGUGGGCGAUGUCAUCAUCGGCGGCGUGCUUGACGUCCCAGCCAAGACGAUGCAUGAUAAGCUCGUGCAUUACAUGGCAGAGAAGGACGAUCUACGGAAACUGCUGCUACAAGAACCUCGAGGACGGUUGGAGAUGAGCGUGAAUUUAGUGGUGCCGCCGUGUCGACCUGAUGCAGACGCUGGAUUCCUUAUCAUGGCUCCUGGAGACUGGGUCCCUAUGUCAGGAUCCAACUGCGUAUGCACCACCACAGUCCUCCUCGAGACUGGUAUCGUCCCGAUGACAGAGCCCGUCACCACAGUGAGGUUGGACACUGCUGCGGGUCUAGUCGUGGCAACUGCGGAGUGUCUAAACGGGAAAUGCAAAUCAGUUUCAUUCGAUAACGUCCCCGCGUUUGUCUACGCCCUCGACAAAGAAAUCGAAGUUCCUGGGCUAGGCAAAAUCACAGUGGAUAUCGCAUACGGAGGACAGUGGUAUGUGCUCGUCAAAGCAGAGGCACUAGGACUCCGCGUGGAAACAGUCAAUGCAGAUCGCCUCAUUGAUUUCGGCAAGAGAUUAAAAGAAGCCGUCCUAGCGAACUGCAUGCCCACACAUCCCGAGAACCCUGCCAUCUGCGGCAUCAACAAUACCAUCAUCACAGAGCCAAUGGAAGACGGCCCCAACGGCAAGGUCAUCAAGCACACCGUUAUUGUGACACCAGGACGUCUAGACAGGAGUCCAUGCGGCACGGGAAGUUCGUCACGUCUUGCUAUUUUGCACGCGAGAGGACUCAUCGAGGAGGGAGAGUCUGUUACGUUCAGGAGCAUCAUCAACACGGAGUUUGUGGGCAAGAUCAGGGGUACUACCAAGGUUGGGGAGCUUGAUGCUGUGCUGCCGACGAUUAAAGGCAGGGCUUGGAUUACGGGGGAGAAGAAUGUGCAUCUUGACCCGGAGGAUCCGUUUCCGACGGGAUUUCUGCUAUAG